UUGUUCGAGAUUAAAGAGGUUUCAACUUGAAGAAGUGAAACGUAUUUCUCUUCUAUUUCUCGCUUGAUUCCUCAGCUUUCAUUGUUGUAGCACUUCUUAUAAACAUCAAUUCGAAGGCCCAGCAGAGCGGCAGAGAGGGCGGCUACGGGGAGAGCGGCCGAACGAAAGGGGGUGGACACCCCUCUAGGUUUUUGUAGGGUUUCGCGCUAAGCGAUCGAUCCGGUUGGCCAGCAAAAGGAUAUAGCCCGAAUGGCCAAGGACCUCUUACAGCUCGCUCAGCCACUGCUUGAUGUCCAGCCAGGAUCAUGCAGUGAAAAGUUUGGCGGUGAUUCAAAGAGAAUCAGGAAGGACGUCGCCAUGUUUUUGCUCAAGAGGAUGGCUUUCCAGAUGGAGGUGUCGGGGAAUGCCUUCUCUAGCAGGGACGAUCCGGCGUGGACAGAGUUGGGAUACAGGCCGAUAGUCAGUCACUUCCUCGGGGCAUUCACGUCUCUGGCUCUAAAGUUUGGGGAGCGCCUCGAAGAAGAAGAGGAAGAGGAAGAGCGCUACAAUGAUCCGUGUGUUGAUUCGUUCCAGGAUGACAAGAGUGUCGGAGAGUUUGCGAAGUGGUUAUCGCUGGAGCUGGCUGACCGGGCUGAAGAGCAAGGGAAGGACGAGGAAGAAGAAGAAGUUCGCGAUGAUGUCCAUAGAGAAAACGAAGUAGAAGACGAGGAAGAAAAGGAUGGCGAGGGUGAUAAAGACGAUGAAGAAGAUGAAGAUGGUGAAGCUCACAGUGGCCGUGACUUGUCCAAGUUCUUUCCUCUCGAUGAGCAAGCCAAGAGUUUCACGAACGAAGCAGUCCUCCUCCGGAUGUAUGGACGUGACCACGCCAUCAACCAGCACAUCACUCUGGGAGUUUUGGGUGGAAGAGGCGCGGAUGAAUGGCCGGACGAUGCCUUCGAGAUGUUCUACUACGGGUGCGCCGCCGCGAUGCGCAACAUACGAGCAGGAAGGAUGGACAAGAUCCCGUGCAUUGCCGUUGGACUCAAAUGGUGGGCUUCGGGAGAGAUCGAUCCGGUGGGCUUCGUCCGGGUCACCGCCAAGAACAAGAUCACGAGCUCAAGCGCCGCAGCGUUCAAGUCCCACGUCGAACAGAAGUGUGAGUGGCUGGAGCUGCGAGGCCAAGGCCGCAGAGCCCGCAAGCUUAGGCGAAAGUAUCUCCAAAAGAGCGAUGAAGAGCUUAUCGCUGCUCUCGAGGCGCGAGUUCGCGCAAGAACAGCCGAGGCCUCCAUGAAUCUCGACGAGAAAUCUUUCCAAGAGGUGGAGCAUCGCUACAAGUCCAGUGCAUUCGCAGCCAAGCCAUGCAAUCUCCUCGUGGGAGAGGCCACAUAUCCGCCCCAAUCCUCCACGAUGCUGCGGUUUCCACUGGAUAGAAACGCAAGGUCUGGCGAUGGUGACAAAGACCUGGUGUCGGGGAUGGCAAGGACGCUCUUUGGAGACCGUGUUCUUCGCUGGAGCUUGAGAAGCGUGGGGAAGCUUUCGCGGGAUCGCGAUCAAGCCACAAGGAUCUUUGCGAGCUCUCUUGUAGCAUCCUAAAGAACUUCUUCCAUCACUUUCUUCGUUUCAAGAGCUCAUCUUCUUCCAAUCUAAAAUACUCGGGCAUUUUUCCAGAUGCCCGCACUGGUCAUUUU